AUGGGCGUGGGAAAGAAUGUUCACAUUGAGGCCUUGGUUCAUAGGAUCAGUCGUGCACGAGCCAUAUACACCAUGUGGCGCCAGUUAAUACGAGAUGAGAUUCGGUCUGGUAAAAAUGAUAAAGAGAUCUACAAGAAGCUGGAGGAAGAUUUUGGUGAGACAGUGCUUUAUACAUCAAAAUUCGAUAUACAAACAAUGGCUAUAUGGCUGGCACCGCUUACACUUACUGGUGGCGCUGUGUUGAUAUGGGCAUUGAAGAGAUACAGGCGAAAGAACAACGUGCAUAUCAUGGGCCUAGACCUCGUCCGAGGAGUCCCAUUGACUCCGAAGGAGAAGGAGGCGAUGCCUGAGCUUCUGACGCCACCUUCUACUCGAUGGUGGGGAAAAUGGCUUCCUCGAUGAUUUGAGAGUGUCAAACUUUUCACCAUGUUGCAAACAUGAUUUUAGGAAAGUGCAGCAAUUUAUCUGUUUAAAAUAAAUAAUUGUAAUGUGGUGUUGAAACAUUGAAUAUGUAUUAUUCAGAACAGUUAAAUGGGCUUCAUAUAAAUGUA